CAUCUUGAAAGGCCUCCAAUGCAAAACUUUGGAUCCCUUGGAAAGGACUGUGCAUCUCUCCUCUGAUGAAAGGGCUGUGGACCGCUGCCCUAAUGAAAGGGCUGUGGAUCUCUCCUCUGAUGAAAGGGCUGUGGACCUCUGUUCUGAUGAAAGGGCUGUGGAUCUCUCCUCUGAUGAAAGGGCUGUGGAUCUCUGUUCUGAUGAAAGGGCUGUGGACCUCUGUUCUGAUGAAAGGGCUGUGGAUCUCUCCUCUGAUGAAAGGGCUGUGGAUCUCUGUUCUGAUGAAAGGGAUGUGGACCUCUGUUCUGAUGAAAGGGCUGUGGACCUCUGUUCUGAUGAAAGGGCUGUGGACCUCUGUUCUGAUGAAAGGGAUGUGGACCUCUGUUCUGAUGAAAGGGCUGUGGACCUCUGUUCUGAUGAAAGGGCUGUGGACCUCUGUUCUGAUGAAAGACAUGUGGACCUCUGUUCUAAUGAAAGGGAUGUGGACCUCUGCUCUGAUGAAAGGGAUGUGGACCUCUGCUCUGAUGAAAGGGAUAUGGGCCUCUGCUCUGAUGAAAGGGCUGUGGACCUCUGUUCUGAUGAAAGGGAUGUGGACCUCUGUUCCAAUGAAAGGGAUGUGGACCUCUGCUCUGAUGAAAGGGAUGUGGACCUCUGCUCUGAUGAAAGGGAUGUGGACCUCUGCUCUGAUGAACGGGAUGUGGACCUCUGUUCUGAUGAAAAUGUAAGUCGUCUUUCAGCAUUAAGGGAAAGGGAAAGGGGGAUACCUAGUCCGUUGUACAACUGAAUGCCUUCACCUGAAAUGUGUCUUCCGCAUUUAACCCAACUCCUCUGAAUCAGAGAGGUGCAGGGGUCUACUUAAUCGACAUCCACGUCUGGUUAUUGACAAUUUUAAGAACUCACCUUUAUUAUUAUCUUACAGAAAGCAUGAAUAAGAUGGAGCAGCCAGUGGACAAUACUUUGAAAUCAUCCCAAAAGAGAACAUCCCAAUAGUUCAGUAGCCUAAACGAUGAGUGGUCAAGGAUUUAUUUCAACACUGGACUUGACUCUAUCCCAGCAGUCUUGCCCUCCAUUGUCUCCACAACUAAUAAUCUACAGCCCUCUGGUGCUGAUAACGUUUUGGAUCAUCCAAACAGCUUAAAGAUGGAGACCACAUUGGAGAAGCUGAGAAGACCACCAUCAACAAUGACACAGAGAUGGAGAUUGCUACUGGGGACAACACUGCUGAAAUCGUCACAGUGGAGACAAAGCCCAAGAAAACUGAUAGGCCGAAAGAGCUGAAGACAAAAAUCCCUUGUCUAUUAGCAAAGGUUGGAAAUAAGGACGGUGGCCGGGUUGGUGAGAAUCUAGAGGUGAAGAUGCGACGUCUUCCACAACGCCACGACACAUGGACAACCCUACAGUGGAGAAUGUAGAACACAGAGAAGAGGGUGUCAUGAAGAACUCAGCCAGAGAGACAGAACCACUUGCUGUCUGCAGAAGGACUCAUGUCUCCUCACACAUCACCAAACAAAGAAAACCCACCAGAGAAUCCCAUAAAACAACACAAAAACGUUACAAAAAACUUUUAACCCAAGAACAACUUUUGUAGUCCCUCUCCAAUCCAAAUCCCAUCGUAGUGUCUCACCUGACCCAUUUCAUGAUUACCUUUUCGAUUAUCCUGAAGCUCAGAACUCUGUAUUUAAAUUAGACAGGGCAAACCCAUUGGUCGUAGAUGCCGCAGGGCACUAAAACUAAAGCUAAAGGUCACAAAAACUAAAGCUAAAGGUCGAAAGACUUUUGUGAUAUCACAUAUUGUGAUUUCAAAUGAGCCCACAUCUAGAAAGGGCAAGAAAACAUUCAGAGAAAGCAGUAAGACUAAAGCACAGCCUGUCAUGGUGGACCAUGAAUUGCAUAUUGAGGCAGAAGAUGAUGCAUUCAUUCUGUCUCGGUCUAUCAUGGAAGAGGAGUCUCAUUCUACUAAAGGGUGCACAGCCUAUGUAGACAUGGAUGGCACACUGCCUGAAUCCGGGGACACAUCCUGCUCUUCCAGUGCUGCGAGACAGUCCACAUCCCAGAGCAGUAAGAGACCUACCACAGUGAAGUGGACGUUUGUAGUCUCGGUGAACAGGGACACAUCCUGCUCUUCCAGUGCUGCGAGACAGUCCACAGCCUGGAGCAGUAAGAGACCUACCACAGUGAAUGGGACGUUUGUAGUCUCGGUGAACAGGGACACAUCCUGCUCUUCCAGUGCUGCGAGACAGUCCACAUCCCAGAGCAGUAAGAGACCUACCACAGUGAAGUGGACGUUUGUAGUCUCGGUGAACAGGGACACAUCCUGCUCUUCCAGUGCUGCGAGACAGUCCACAGCCCGGAGCAGUAAGAGACCUACCACAGUGAAUGGGACGUUUGUAGUCUCGGUGAACAGGGACAGCUCCUCCGCGAAUAGUACAAUAUUAGACAAUGCAUUCAAAGCUGGGACCGAGAGAUUGAAAGACAUCAGACUGUUAAAUAGCCAUCAGUAGCCGGCUACCACCCUAUUACUCAACCCUGCACCUUAUAGGCUGCUGCCCUAUUUACAUAGACAUGGAAUCACUGGUCACUUAAAUAAUGGAACACUAGUCACUUGAAUAAUGUUUAAAUACUGCUUUUCUCAUUUACUCAUGUAUACAGUAUACUGUAUUCUAUUUUACUGUGUUUUAGUCAAUGGCUCUCCAACAUUGCUCAUCCUAAUAUUUAUAUAUUUUUAACCCCAUUCUUUUACGUUAGAGUUGUGUGUAUUGUUGUGAAUUGCCAGAUAUUACUGCACUGUUGGAGCUAGGAACACAAGGAUUUAGCUACACCCGCAAUAACAUUUGCUAAAUAUGUGUAUGUGACCAAUAACAUUGUAUUUUAUUUGAUGCUUGGGCAGAAAAGCAGAAGUGCACUCCUAGUACAGUGUAUGACUUUGUCACUGAAGAACAAACAAAUGGUCAGGGAUGAAAGCAUAGUGGAGCAUCUCACAGACCCAGAUCACUGUCUAGCAGCUGGGCGCAAGACUACAGACUCGUUGUUCAAGAAACUCAGGCCUCUAAACAUGCAUGGUUGGCAACCCAGGAAACCUGCAGAAUAUUCUGAGGAUCCUAAAAGGCUUGUGUGUUGAGGAGUAAACGCCCCCAUUGGACUCAGGUGACCCCACUACAGUUGCUGCGGAGCAAAAGACCAAGAAAGCCAGGAAAGAGCAGAGUGCCAAAUCAAAGAAGAAGAAUGGAAAGAAGGAGGACUCCGGUUCCCCUGUGAAGCAGAGGAAAAAGAGAAUGAAAAGUAGCAACACUAAGUGGUCGCUGUCUCAGGGUGGAGGUUAUUCUUUGUCCAGUGAGGCUAUGGAGAGCCAGGGUAGUACAUAUGGAGCUUUGUCCAGUGAGGCUAUGGAGAGCCAGGGUAGUACAUAUGGAGCUUUUGCAACACAAAAUGCAGAAGUGUAGCCGGUGGCGGAGCCCAACGUGUUGCAAGUCGUCACACACUCUGCCACUGAGGACAGCAGUGGAGCUUAUGAAAGUAUGUCUACAUUUUGAAGCCCUCAGUCCAGACUUCAAAGGCAGCAGCUUUAAGCACCAGUCCAACCAGGGCCAUAAAACCAUAAGCAGAGACACUUUUGUGAUGCCUACUAGUUUUAAUGAAUCCAGCAGAAAUGGCAAGGCCUAAGUUUUUCCUGAUUCCAAGAUGAUUGUGUCAAACAAUUGAUUUAUCAGCCCCUUUUAUUAUAUUAAUGAAGGAAUGAAUACUUCAAUAAGCCAACAUGUAGAUGUAUAGUUUGAUAAUGUUUUUUAAUGACUUGGGUCAAUUAGCUAUUGCAUGGGUGUUCAACUCAUCCUUAGAUGACAGACUGUACCAUCCAGCUAAUUCACUGUAUGGCUGUGUCAUAUUAUGGUUAAGUGAUGACCAAUGCACCUCUCCUUUUGUUUCUAACAUAAUCUGGACCCGUGAUGUUGGAGUUACUGACUGGAGUAGGCUGUUCAGCUGAGAGGAUCGUGGUUUUAUGUCUGCUCCCCUCUGCCUCUACUGUACACAGCCUUUCUACAGACAGUGGAGUGGGUAGCCCAGGGUAUAAUGUGCAGUACCCCAACCUUCUUGAAAGAGAAGCAAUGAUCCUCUCUUCCUUCGCUGGGAUGAUCCUGAAUAGCUUGCCUGUAGAAGACAUUCUAGCUCUCUACAGCACCAAACCAUCUGCCGCUUACCUCCACCAGCAUUCCAAGAGCAACAUCGUUCAUCCCUUUACCUUGUCCUACCACCUGUUUGCAAUGCUGGGCUCGUUCAAGGCCGCGGACCACACCAGGAAGCAUACCCAGAAGGUGAAGUGGUGGCUGUCUGUGCAGGGUAACGGAGGUGCUGCCCCUGCUGUACAGAGGGCCUUGGUGCAGUCCUCUUCCUCAUCCACAUCUAACACCUUCCUCAGUGUCAGUGGUGAGUCCUUAAAGGAACAAACAGGGCAUUAUGAAGGAUAACAAGAAUCUCUACAUGAUUAAGGAAAUUCCUAUCCUGCGUUAUUAUACUGUUAUUACAGGGUAUCAGUCCUCCAGUAUGUUUAUCAUAUCACUAGUGGUUUCCUCUAAGUAUCAUUCUAGUGUGUUAUCAUAUCACUAGAGGUUUCCUCUUAGUAUCAACCCUCCAGUGUGUUUAUCAUAUCACUAGUGGUUUCCUCUAAGUAUCACUCUAGUGUGUUAUCAUAUCACUAGCGGUUUCCUCUAAGUAUCAACCCCCCAGUGUGUUUAUCAUAUCACUAGUGGUUUCCUCUAUAUCUGGGUUUACCCAUCUGUAAGGAAUCAAAUGUUUCACUACACCAUAUACAUUACUGUACAAUUAAUGUACACUCUGUAACAAAUAAAUAUGUAUUGCCUAUGUG